GUUGAGAAAACCGGUGACGAUUGCCGUAUUUUUGUUACAGUUUCGGAGAUGAGUGGUGGCUCUUCGGGUAGCGUGCAUACAUCGCCGAUGACCAGUCGCAAUGCAUCAGUUGAUUACUCUCCGGCAUCACAGUCCAGCAGUACCAUGUCGCCGCUGUAUCAGCAACAGCAGCAGCAACAGCAAAACGUGAUUUAUCAGCAGCCAAUACCAAACCAACAGACGCCACCAGGGCUAUCGUAUCCACAGCCAUCACCCUCACAGCAGCAAGUAGGAAGCAUUGUUUCCCGGCCUCAGCAGCAAACAGCAACGGUACCUAUCCAACUACAACAGCAGCAGCCUCUUACGCACUUUGUGGCCGAUCAGUGCAUGGAUUUACAGCCGAAAAGCUGCAUGCCUGUCAUGCAAGCUACCAGUGGCGAUUACAAUGAUUUGGAUUCCAUCGAGCCGAUGACCGAGUCAAGCGAUGUCGGAGCCACGUUGAUGGCUUCGCAUCAGCAGCAGUUACAGCAGCAGCAACAACAACGACAAGCAAAUGCUCAGCUGCUGCAGCAGCAGCAACAACAGCAACAACCUCAACAGCCUCAGCAACAGUACUAUACUCGUAUUAUCCCACCUACAAGUCGUUAUGACAUGCAGCCGCAGGUGCAGCAGCAGAAUGUUGGUUACAUACGGCAGGUGUGUAGCGGCGACACACAAGUGCGACAGUGUAGUUUUACGACCAACGCACUGCAGCAACAGCAGCAAGUGCAACAACAACAGCAGCAACCUCUUCCUCAAGGCUAUGCAUCUCCGCAGCAGCAGCAGCAGCAGCAGCCAGCAAAUCUGUACAUGGCUGCUACACCGGCGCAGUCCAAUUGCUCACCGAAUCCCUUUACACCUCAGUCUUCUCCACAGAAAGAUGGCCAAAACUUUAUUGUUAGGCAGCAGCAACAGCAGCAGCGACAUAUUACAGCAGUCUCGACGGCGCAACAACAACAACAACAGCACUAUGCAUCGUCACCAAUCCCGCAACAACAGCAGCAGCAGCAACAACAGCAACAGCAGUCCGUUCGUACACCGCUGAGUGCACCGCCAACGGUACAUUUGCAGCUGUAUCCAUCCUGCGCUUCCCGAACUGAUGACCUGCGAUCUUCUCGCUCAGGUUUCUUAUUCAUUUUACGAAUGCUUGUUGCGCACAUCGAAAAAGCAGUGUUGGAAAAACCUUAA